GUUUCUGAGAGACUCAAGGGAAGAGCAGGAAGUAUAGCAGCUCAGAAACCUUCAGACUCAGCCAUCAGAGCACACUUCCCUCAUCCUCACUCUCUCCUCAUUCCUCCAUUCAUCCUUCUCCCUUCUAAUUCCAGUAGUCUCUCCCUCUUCCUCCCUUCUCAUUGCCCUCAGCACUGUCUGUCUAUCCUCUUUCCAUCUCUUUGAUUGACUUUGACAAAGUUUGAAGCAUGGGCUGUGGGAAUUCCACCUCUGCCAGCACAGCUGCAGGUCCAUCUGAGUCAGCCAAAGAUGUCCCAUCGGAUCAUCUCUUGGUUCUGUUCUGGUUCUGGGCCCACAGGCAGGACGAUUCGUCUGUGGAUGACGAGAAGAGGAGAAAUUAUGGUGGCGUGUAUGUGGGCUUACCUGCAGACCUCAGCAAUGUGGCCACCGGACAAACAGCCUCCACACAAAAAGAAUAAUGAUAUUCAGAGUUGAAGGCACAGAUAAAGGGCUUUCCAGAGGGAGUCAUGUCUGAAAAUGGCUGUGUAAUGAUCUCAACAGGACGCAAUUUUCAUCAUCUCGCCGGAAUCCUUUGAGAGCCAAUCAUCUAAUUGAACUCUCUGGAAACUGAACUAGAAUUAGAUCUGCUGACAAGGUCAGAGGUCAAAGACAAAUCAUCCCUCAGCUCUUUUAAGGGCAAGUUCUACCAGCACCUUGCUUCUCAGGACAAUGACACACAGGUGUUAAUGACAAUCACAGAGCAAUGAAGAAGCUAAAAACGUAUCUUUGAACGAUGUUGCUCUGUAUGUUUUUAAAAGGGUUUUUACAAGGGUCAAGUGGUUUUCGAUGGGGAAAUGGGACUACUUAUGCACUUACGAGUCUGUUUUUGUUCUUCACUCUUUCAACAUAUACAUCCUUUCAGACAUUCUCCUCUACACUGUAAAAAAAUAUAUAUAUUUACAGUAAAAUACCGGCAGCUGUGGUUACCAGAACUUUACUGUAAAAAAAUAUGGUAGAAACAUUUUAGGUUUUACAGACUUAACUUAAUUUAACUAUAAUAAAACCUGUUUCAUUAACUGAUGUAAUGUUAAUAAAGCAGCAUAUUGAAGUUCUGAUAUCUGUUUUGAACCAUUGUAAUACUAAUAACCGCCAAAAACAGUAAAACUACAUUAAAUGCAAUCACAGUUAUUCACUGUAUAUAUUAUGGAAACUUACUGAUAACCAAUAAACAUGUUUUUACUGUUGCAUUUUUGCAGUCUUUUACUGUUAAAAUCACAAUCCUUUUUUACAGUGUAGUCGUAAAAUGUCCAUAUUAUGCCUUUUCGAAUAUUACCUUUCAUGUAGUGUAUCAUGUAGCUAUAUGUGAACAUAAACUAUCUGUAAGUUUUGAAGCUGACAGUGCACGAUAAAUAAAGUUAUUGUCUAUAAAAAAAUUAAAAACAAGUUUGGUUGCAAUCGCCAAAAUGAGUCGUCACAAAUUCGAAUCCUAUUCGGUUA